AUGGAGAAACAGUGGAAAUGUGGGGAUUGUGGGAAAGGAUUCCGUUCACCAUCUGAGCUGGAAUCUCACCAACGCUUUCACACUGGGGAGAGGCCAUUCGCUUGCUCCAAAUGUGGGAAGGGAUUCACUCAGUCAUCCCAUCUGCUGAGACACCAGUUACUUCACAGUGAGGAGAGGCCAUUCUGCUCCUCUCAGUGCGGGAGGGGAUUUAGUGAUUCAUCCCACCUGCUGAGACACCAGCGGGUUCACACCGGCGAGCGGCCAUUCACCUGCUUCAAGUGUGGGGUCAAAUUCAGUCAUUCAUCCACCUUGCAGAAACACCUGCGAGUGCACACUGGGGAGAGGCCAUUCACUUGCUCCAAGUGUGGUAAGGCUUUCACUCAGUCAUCUCAUCUGAUGACACACCAGCGAGUUCACAAUGGGGCGAGGAGGUUUACUUGCUGUGUGUGUGGUAAGGCAUUUACUCAGUCAACACACUUGCUGUUACACCAGCGAGUUCACUCUGGGGAGAGGCCAUUCAGCUGUCCUGAGUGUGGGAAGGGAUUCAUUGAUUCGUCCACCUUGCUGACACACCAGCGAGUUCACACCGGGGAGAGGCCUUUCACCUGCUCCGUGUGUGGGAAGGGAUUCACUCAAUCAUCCAGCCUGCAGACACAUCAGCGUGUCCAUACCAGAGAGAGGCCAUUCCACUGCUCUUUGUGUAGGAAAGGAUUCACUAGAUCAACCCACCUGCUAAAGCAUAAACGAAUUCACGCUGGAGAGAGGCCGUUCACAUGCUUCGAGUGUGGAAAGGGAUUCACUCAGUCAUCCUGUCUGCUGAGACACCAGCGAGUUCACACUGGGGAGAGACCAUUCACCUGCUCUAUGUGUGGAAAAGGAUUCUCACAGUCAUCGAACUUGCAGACACUCCAACGGGUUCACAAGUGA